GGCGCCCUGUGGUCCACCCGUGUUGUUCGCCAGAUAAUGUGAACGGAGCCAAAAAGAACACUUUUGCAAUCAGGCUUUCAUGACUUCAUUUCAGAGGCGUUAUGGCCGCUGCAGGAAAGCCAGUUAAAAAGGAAAUCAAAAAGUAUAUUCCGGUCAAGACUUCCUUCACUUCGCCAUUCACUGCAAAAUGGGGCCCACUUCCACAAGAAGACAUGCAUUUCAUCCUGAACACGCUGAAGGACAAGCUGGCUUCCAUUGGUCUGGAGAAGAAGGAGGUGAAAGUGUUUCGCACAUGGAGAAAAAAGAAAGACCAAAAACCUGCUGCCACAUCAGAGCUUGUUCCCCAGGUGAGCCAGGAUGGACAGGUCCAGGAUUCUCCUAAAAACGGCUGGACAGAUGUGGCAGCGAGGAGGCAACUGGCCAUCGGCAUCAACGAGGUCACUAAAGCUCUGGAGAGGAACGAGCUCAAACUGUUGCUUGUGUGCAAGUCUGUAAAGCCGCCACACAUGACGGAUCAUCUGAUAGCGCUGAGCGCAACGAGAGGUGUGCCGGCCUGCCAGGUGCCUCGGCUGAGCCAGAGCGUAUCGGAGCCGCUGGGCCUGAAAAGUGUCCUCGCUCUGGGGUUCAGACAGUGCGCCUCCAAAGAAGACGAGGUGUUCGCUGACGCUGUUGAGGCCAUUACACGCCGAGUGCCUUCGGUAGACGUUGCAUGGCUGCAAGGUGCGGCACCCAGAGUAACGCCGGAAGACCGCGCUGACGUGGAGGAGGAGGAAGUCGACGAGAAGAAGGGCCAGAAAAGGAAACUUGAAAGUGAAUCUGAGGAAGUCCCAGAGUCGCCGUCCUCCUGCACUCUGCAACCUCUCAAAGUGAAAAAAAUAGUUUCCAACCCUGCAAAGAACAGAAAGAAGUUGAAGUUAAAGCCAGCCAAAUAAAAGACUGCCAAGAUAUUAAAAGGACCAUUCCUAUGUUUUUAGUAUCUAGUAUUUCACCUCCAGACCAUGAUGACCUGCAGCUUUUUUUUGUGAACGUUUGUUUUUGGACUAUUGUACAUACAAAACAAUAGUCGAUGCGAUUGUUAAAUACAUUUUUACAAUUUGGCAGAUUAAGAGUCUUAUUAUAAUUGUAGGUUUCAGCCUGACAUUUAACAGUCAACCUUUUAAUGUUUGAAUGGACAACUUUGUUUAAAGCAAUUCAUUAUCUGUGUUCAUACUCCAUUGAAAUGCAAGGUGGAGGAAAUAGUUGAUGUUGUGGUUUGAAGGCUGCAGUUUACAUGAUGAAGAAUAUAUUGCUUUAAGAUCUUUAA